ACAUCCCUAUAUAAACCCAUUGCAUCUCUUCCCUAAAAACACACAACUCAAACACACACAUGGCCAUCUCCAAUAUUUUCUUUCUCUUCUUCCUUUCUUCUUUCUCUCUUUUUUCUUCCCACACCCAUGCAGCUACUUUUGAAAUUCGCAACAACUGUGGUUUCACUGUUUGGGCCGCUGCCGUACCCGGCGGCGGACGACAACUAAACAGGAACGACGUUUGGACACUAAAUGUGAAUCCCGGCACUGCUGGUGCUCGCAUUUGGGCUCGAACCAACUGCAACUUCGACGCGUCUGGCCGUGGCCGAUGCGAGACCGGCGACUGCGGCGGCCUCCUCGAGUGCCAAAACUACGGCCUCCCUCCCAACACUCUCGCCGAAUUCGCCUUGAACCAAUGGAACAACUUGGACUUCGUCGAUAUCUCCGUCAUCGAUGGCUUCAACGUUCCCAUGGAGUUCAGCCCGAUUUCUGGCAACGGGUGCGGUCGGCCUCAGGGCAGCAGAUGCACUGCCGACAUCAACGGGCAAUGCCCGAGCCAGUUGAGGGCUCCAGGAGGCUGCAACAACCCAUGCACCGUCUUCGGCGGCGACCAAUACUGCUGCACCGCCCCGAACAGUGGCUGCGGGCCGACGGAGCUGUCUCAGUUCUUCAAGACCCGGUGCCCUGAUGCGUAUAGUUACCCUAAGGACGAUCCAACGAGCCUAACCAGUUGCCCGGGAGGAACCAACUAUAGAGUCAUCUUUUGCCCUUAGAAAAACAAAACUUAUUAUAUGAUUAUGAAUAAGUAAAGAGCUCCCAUGAGAGUUUUUUUAGUACAAAUAUGGCUGAGAGAUGGAACUUACAACACAAUUAUCCUUUGAUGCUCCCCUGAGUUUUUUACAGUUGUAUGCAGCAAAGUUUUCAUCUAUAUUAAACAUAAGUUUGUUUGUGUAUGGGCCUACACGUA